AUGGAUUUCGUUCCCGAUCAUCCCGGGCCUCGAGGGAAUGGCACCCAACGAGGCCAUUCUUCGAGUGUGCAGCCGCAUUCGCACCAAAACAGCUUUGACCAGUACGGCGGAAACGGCGGGAUCGGCGGGAUCGGAGGAAUGGGCGAGGGCGACGGGAUUGGCUUAAGCGGCAGAUACCGAGCAGCAGUACCGCCCCAGAAUCUUCCCCCAGAUUUGGACCCGUGGGAAAUGGCGAACGCUUGCGACCUUUGGGCGGAAACUUACGAGGGGCCGAUUCCCGGGACCGGCGCGCCGGGGCCUGAUGUGUCCCGUUUCGGCACAACCGGCGACGGAACUGCGUGGGCGAUUCCAGUCGGCGACGACGACUAUUACGACGACGGCGCGUCGUCACUCCCUCCGUUCCCCGCGGAAGAGCGGUACGAGGAGGCGAUUUACGAGUCGACUCAAGAAUCGGCGUCACUGCCUCCGCUCAUUGCGGGAGCGGGAGCGCCGUACCAGGGCCUCGGCGCGCUGAACCGCUCCGCGACGACAUCCGACCUCGCGACUCCCGCGAGACGCGGCGGUGGAUAUUUUGAACCCGAGCCGACGAACUUAGCGGCGGGAAGAGCUGAGAUGACCACCCGCAAGGGCAGGCGAUCAUUCGACGCGCGCCUCGACUACGAUUCUAGAGACGACGACGCGUUGACGUCGCGCAUCGGCGGCGGCGUGUCAGGCGCUCACGUAGCGGGAGCGGCUUUUCGCGACGUGGCGGAUGGGGCCUUUGUCGCAGAGGGAGCAUCGCAGCAGUGGGACGGCGUCGCAGAUGUCGCAGAUCAUGUCGCCAUGCAGGAUGCGGCGGGCAGCCGCUGGGAUGCGAUGAUGGCCGAAGGAGGGGAGGAUGAGGAGGAAUGCGAGGAGGAAUGCGAGGAGGAAGAGGAGGGGGAAGAAGAGGAGGAAGAGGAGUGGGACGAAGAAGAGGAGGGCGAAGCUGAGGGCCACGAGGAGGCGGGAGAGGAAGAGGACGAGGCCGAUCUGUGCUUGAAUCGAGCCAAGACCCUCCCGCUGCUUCACGUUUCGCGCACUGCGUCGUCGGAAAAGUCGGCGGAGCGAGGCUUGCCGGGGACGACGAUGGGCGCUGGCAAUACGGCUGGCGACGAGGGAGACAACGACGAUGACCUAUAUCCUGCUCACACACACGCUGCUGCUGCUGCUGCCGCUGCCGCUGCUGCAAACUAUGGUGCGGAGAGGAGUCCGAACGGCCGAUUCACAGGGGCUGUAGCGGGUGGGGGAAUAGCAGGCGCGGAUGUAGCAGAGUGGGUACCGCCGCCCCCAGGAGCGCCCCCCCCUCAGCUGUCACCUGGGUGCCAGCGUCCAGGGGCGGAUGUAGCGGCCUGGAUAUCACCUUCCCCAGUUGGCACCGGGAAGCAACGCGUGCACCGCCGCACAGUCUCUGACCUCUCUGAUGUGAUGCCGGCUGGGGUUGCUGGCGCUGACAUGGCUGUAGCGGCUGCUAUAGCCAGCGGGAACGCUGCGGCAGGUGUUGGGCCGGCUGGGCGUGCUGUUGCUACAGCCGGAUACGGCAAUUCUGACAGCUAUCGUGGGGCCGGGGUGAACGUGCCGUGUAGCAGAAGCAGCAGCGGCGGCAGUGCUGUGCCUGUGAUGGUGUAUUCAGGGGCGAACAGGGUAGGGGAGGGGGCGAACAGAGGAGGGGAGAGUCGAAGAUGCAUGGAGGGAGUGGGUGCCAGGCCGAAUGUGGCAUCAGGCUCUGCUUCUGCUACUGCUACUGCUCGUGUUGGCUCUUUUACCCCAAAGCACCAACAGCUGCUGCUGCAGCAGCAGCAGCAGCAGCAGCAGCAGCAACCGCCAUUGUCAGUGCCACCCCUACACCAGCAAGGCAGCAGACGGAACGUGCCGAAUUUCGCCCCUCAGAAGAGCUUCGGCAACGCUGCUGCCGUUGGGUCUAAACCAAUGCUGGGGCAGCCUCAACUGACCGCUGCCGCUGCUGCUGCUGCUGCCGCCGCUGCCACUGCUGGUGCUUCAGGCGCUGGCGUUGCUUCUGCUCCCGAUGCUGGUGCUUCUGCUGGUGCUGGCGCUGGUGCUGCGUUUCCAGCGCGCGCGAACACGUUUUCCAGAGCAGCAACUACGGGGCUUGUUCCGCCCAAAACGCCCACCGCAUCGCAGCCGUUGAAAGGCCUCGCAGCACAGUCGUUCAAAGCAUCUCAGCCGUCCAAAGGGCCACAGCAGCAGCCCAAGACACCAACAGUCCAACGAAGCUCCACAGGAGCGUGGGGGGGGAAAGGGGCAGGAGGAGCAGGAGCAGCAGGAAUAGGGGCAGGAGGAGCAGGAGGAGGAAUAGCAGGAGCGUUUGGAGUGGGAGGGAAAGAACCAGGAGGAUCAGGGAGAAUGGCACCCUUAAACCUACCACCACUGGUGUUACAGGAAGAACCCCAGCUGCACCUAGUGCCGCCUGGCAGGAAAGCAGGCGCUGCAGCAACAACCGGACCCUCUGUGAGAGGCACCAGGACUCCUGGGGGGAGGCUGCAGCGGCAGAUGAGUGACGAUGAGGAGGAGGAGGGGGACGGGGAGAGGGGGAAUGGGAGAGGAGCGGGGGAGGGUGAUUUGGGAAGGUCGGGCUUAGGUGUUGGUAAGCGGGCGGGUGUGACGGCCCCUAUGACUCCUAAAGGAAGGCUGCAGCGGCAGAUGGAUGAGGAGGAGGACGAUGGGGAGGGUGUGAGGCUGAAGGCAGGGAGGCUGCAGAGGAGGAUAGAUGAUGAUGAGAGUGAUGAGGAGAAAGGGGUGAGUGGAUCGAGAAGGGUGGGUGGUAAGCCGAGGAGCCAGGCUAGCACUCCCAAGGGAGGGAAGAGGGCCGGGAAGAGUCAGUCCUAUGUUGAGACUUCUCCAUUGUCUCAGAAUUCACCGUCUCAAAACGCCAAAGGAGGGCCGGAUGGCCCGUUUAAACGGGUCGGAUCGUUGGGCGCUUUGGGUGGGGAUGAGAGGGGAAAUCCUGAGAGUGAGGGGCAGGGAGAGAGGGAGGGGGAGAGGUUGAGGAGAAAGAAAGGGAGCGGGGAUAUGGACCGGGAAAGGUGGUCGAAAUGGAGUGGGGAUAUGGAGAGGGAUCGGAGGUCUAAGGGGAGUAAGGGGAGUGGAGAUUUCGAGAGGGAUGGCAGGAGGUCCAAGGAGCAGGAGGAGCAGCAGGCAAAGGAGGAAGAGGAAGGGGAGGGGAACGAGGAGAAGGAGGAGGAAAGUGACAAGGUGAAGGGGAAGGAGACGACGGAGAGGGGGGAGCAGGAGGAGGAGAAGAAGGGAGUAAAAGAGGAGAAGGAGAGUCCAAAGGAGAGGCGCAAGGUGAGUAAACUGCUGCGAAGGCUGGAGGAUGAUGAGACAGAUGAGGAGGAGGUGUGUGUGAAGGAAAGUGCGAAGGAGAGUGAGAAGGAGCGUGAGAAGGAGGGUGAGAAGGAGCGUGAGAAGGAGCGUGCAAAGCAUAGGAAGGUGGGCUCUCAGGGAGAGGAUGUGAGGAGGAUCGGUUCAGAUGUGAGAAGGAUCGGUUCAGAUGAGACAGACGCGAGUAGGAUAGGAGGGAGUGGGAGAAGAGGGAGUGGGAGGAAGGCAGGUGCAGCAGGGAGUGGUUCUGCUAGAAAGGAGGUUGGGAGCAAUCGGAAAAGUAGGUUGGGGGAGGUGGGGAGGGAGGACGGCAGGAAGACGGAGGAUGAGGGGGAGAGGGAGGGGGAGAAGAAGAGGAGAGGAAAGGAGGAUAAGGCAAGAGAGAAGAAGGAGAAGGACGGGGGGAAGAAGGGUGGGAGCAAAGGCAGUGGGAGGAGGGAGAAGGGCGAGAUUCCUCUGAAGGCCACACGUUUGUUUGCAGAUACUAACACCGAUUGGAAUGCGGGUCCUUCCUCUGCUGCUACUUCCGAUGGGCUGCCUUGCAAGUCUCCUAGAAGCAUUCGCGAGGGCUCUUUCUUUGGCAGCCUGAGCAGCUUCCGAUUCGCGCCUGACGUUCGCUCGCUCUGGUCUCGAACCAAGACGAUGAAUGAGCGCGAUGGGGAGGAGCGGAAGAGGAAGGAGGAGAAGCGGCGGAAGGAGGAGGGGGGAGGAGAGGAGGAGGAGGAAGGGGGGAAGGGGAGGGAGGGAGGGGAGAUGGGCCGGUCUUGGUCCCGGACUAGGACGAUAAAUGAGGGUGAUGAGGAGGCGAGGAAGAGGGAGGAGAGGAGGCGGAGGAAGGGGAGUAAUGGGGGAGACGAGGAGCAGGAGGGGAGAGAGGGUGGGGAGUUUGAGCGGUCUUGGUCUCGAACCAAGACCAUGAAUGAGGGAGAUGGGGAGGCGAGGAAGAGGGAGGAGAGGAGGAGGAAAGACAGCGCGGGAGAGGAGGAACUGGAGGGGGGAAAGGGGAGGGAGGGAGGGGAGAUGGGGCGGUCUUGGUCCCGAACUAGGACGAUGAAUGAGGGGGGUGGGGAGGCGAGGAAGAGGGAGGAGAGGAGGCGGAGGAAGGGGAGUGGAAGUGGAGAGGAGGGGAGUGGCAUCGGUGCUUCUGGGAUGGAUGAAGUUGGUGUGAACGAGGGCGGGAACGGCAGCACUGAGGGGCGGUUUAAGGCAAAGGAGGAGGGUGGGUCAAGGCGUGCGGGUAAGGACGGGAAAGGUGAGCGAACGCUCUUAAUUGACACAGGCAGUGAUAGCGAGGAGCAGGAGGAUGGGAGGGAUGCGCAGGCAGAAGGGGAGGAAGGAGGCAAGGAGGGUGAGAAGGAGCAGGGGCAGCAGGGAAAGCUGUUCAAGGUAGAGGAGGAGAAGCGAUUGCUGCAGCUGCAGCUGCAACAGCUGGAGGAGCAGCAGAGGCAGCUAGAGGCCGAGGUGGAGCGGCAGAGACAGCUGCUGGGAUUGAGCAGUGGGGUGGUUGACAGUUAG